UUACUGACCAUGCAGGAUCUGCACUUUUCUUGGCAGCACUCUCCAGUUUGUCCAGCUCAUUCAGUUUGAACUCUAGCCGGCCUUCUUCAAUCAAUCUGCUGAUGUCCUCCUUCACAUGCACAGACAUUGAUAUCUACAAAUGGCUGCUGAAGCCUUAUUAUAUCACCUCUGUCUUCAUGACCGUCGCCUUCGCGUUGGUCCGGAAGGCUCCAGGUCUGUGCGAGCACCUGGCGACCCAGAGAGAGGACGGCAACUCCUGCGACUUUGACUGGAGAGAGCUGGAGAUUCUUAUGUUUCUUAGUGCAAUAGUGAUGAUGAAGAACAGGAGAGCCAUCACAUUGGAGCAGCACAUAGGCAACGUGUUCCUGUUCAGUAAAGUGGCCAACGUCAUCCUCUUCUUCAGGCUGGACAUUCGGCUCGGCAUCCUUUACAUGGCACUGUGUGUCGCGUUUCUCAUGACCUGUAAGCCGCCUCUCUACAUGGGCCCCGAGUACAUCAAGUACUUCAGUGACAAGACCAUAGAUGAGGAACUGCGGAGAGACAGUCGCGUCACCUGGAUUGUUGAAUUCUACGCCAACUGGUCCUCUGAAUGCCAGUCCUUCGCUCCUGUCUUUGCCGACCUUUCACUCAAGUACAACUGUGCUGGACUCAGGUUUGGGAAGGUGGACAUCGGACGCUACGGAGAGGUUUCACAGAGUUACAGGGUGAGUACGUCUCCUCUGGCCAAGCAGCUGCCCACACUGAUGCUUUUCCAAGGAGGGCGGGAGCUGAUGAGACGUCCAAUGGUGGACAAUAAAUCCAGAGCUGUGUCCUGGACCUUCAGUGAGGAGAACAUUAUCCGAGAGUUUAACCUCAACGAGCUCUUCCAAAAGUCCAAGAAGCUGAACAAAAGUCGUGCUUUGAAAGAAGGAGAGGAGCAUAACGGUGUUCAGCCAGAGGAGGGCGACGACGAGCUCCAUGAUGAAACUGACGACCUGGAGGAGCCCACAGAGAGCAAGAAAGACCAGUGAGGAGGAUGAUUCAGAGGGGCUGCAUGGUCUGACUGGGUACGAUGCACGAAUGAAUGCAGCUAUGCAAAAGAUAAGCAAUGAUUUUGGGACAUUUUAUUACUUAAGUUAUUGGAAAACAAGUGCCUUUUUUUGUAAUUAAUGUUUUUUCAGCAACAUCUCAUCACUGUGUGUUAACUUUUGCUGCCUGUAUUUUGCAGCUGGUGUGUUUACUGAUAUCUCAUGAUUCAAAACCAAAGUAAAAGGUGAAACUGAAAUAAUAAAUAAUAAAAAAAACGAUUCAUGACGCA